AGUGAAAAUGGGAGGAUCUAGAAGGAGGCCGGCUCCCGUGUAGUGUAUAUUUAUCUGUAAGUGAGCUGUUGGGGAAGGAAUUAAAUACAGAGACGCUGUCUGCUUGCUGGCUUAAGACAGCUAGCUCCAUUGCUGAUUUGCUUUAACUUUUAAAAUACCCAGCUGGGUUUAUUUUUCUUAGAAUCAUUGUAUUGCUAAGCCUGGGGACGCUGUUUUCUUUUACAAAGGGAAAUCUAAGUUCAUUUCAAGGCAUUCGAAAUGGGGAAAGACUAUUAUUGCAUUUUGGGAAUUGAAAAAGGAGCUUCAGAUGAAGAUAUUAAAAAGGCUUACCGAAAACAAGCCCUCAAAUUUCAUCCGGACAAGAACAAAUCUCCUCAGGCAGAGGAAAAAUUUAAAGAGGUCGCAGAAGCUUAUGAAGUGUUGAGUGAUCCUAAAAAGAGAGAAAUAUAUGAUCAGUAUGGGGAGGAAGGGUUGAAAGGAGGCGCAGGAGGUACUGAUGGACAAGGAGGUACCUUCCGGUACACAUUUCAUGGCGAUCCACAUGCCACAUUUGCUGCAUUUUUUGGAGGUUCCAAUCCCUUUGAAAUUUUCUUUGGAAGACGGAUGGGUGGUGGUAGAGAUUCUGAAGAAAUGGAAAUAGAUGGAGAUCCUUUCAGUGCCUUUGGAUUCAGCAUGAAUGGUUACCCAAGAGACAGGAAUUCUGUGGGGCCAUCCCGCCUCAAACAAGAUCCUCCAGUUAUUCAUGAACUCAGAGUAUCACUUGAAGAAAUAUAUAGUGGUUGUACCAAGCGGAUGAAGAUUUCUCGAAAAAGGUUGAACCCUGAUGGAAGGAGUUACAGAUCUGAGGACAAAAUUCUCACCAUUGAGAUUAAAAAAGGGUGGAAAGAAGGCACCAAAAUUACUUUUCCAAGGGAAGGAGAUGAAACACCAAAUAGUAUUCCAGCAGAUAUUGUUUUUAUUAUUAAAGACAAAGAUCACCCAAGAUUUAAAAGAGAUGGAUCAAAUAUAAUUUAUAAUGCUAAAAUUAGUUUACGGGAGGCAUUGUGUGGCUGCUCAAUUAAUGUGCCAACAAUGGAUGGAAGAAACAUACCUAUGUCAAUAAAUGAUAUUGUGAAACCUGGAAUGAGAAGAAGAAUUAUUGGAUACGGGCUGCCAUUUCCAAAAAAUCCAGACCAACGUGGUGAUCUUCUAAUAGAAUUUGAUGUGUCCUUCCCAGAUACUAUAUCCUCAUCAUCCAAAGAAGUACUUAGGAAACAUCUUCCUGCCUCAUAGAAUGAAGAACUUUGUUACCCAUAUUUUGAUAAGGCACUGAAAAUAUAAAAGGACUGGCAGUUUACUGAUGUAGAUGUGAAUUCUGUAUAAAGAUGUGCAAAUUCUUUUGAGGGCUCAUUAAGUUGCAUGAACAGAGACGGGUCAAAUAAAUAGGGCAAAAGGGAUUUUUACAGUUAGAGAUGAAGAGAGAACCAUUCACUGUAUUUUAUUUCAUUUCUCCCAAAUCAGAAAUUUUUAGUCUUUUGCUUAUAUGUGAAGAUAUUAGAUAUAUUUCUAAAAAAAGUACUAGACUAUCCAAGUACUUUAUUCCUUAUAUCUUUAGAUAAUCAAUAUGAUAGGCUCCCAUUUAUAAUGGAAAUUAAAAUUCUUAGCUAAACAAUACAAUAGAAGAGAUUAAAAACCCAGUCAUUUGGACAUGUGGUUGUUAAAUUUAAACCACCUGAAAUGCUGCUAUAGGGCUGGUACUGGUAAAAGAAUAUCCUGAUGCUUAUGUUUCACCAUUUUGGUUUUUAAAGUAUGCUAUGCCAUUUCCUCAUGUAGUGGUCAUGUUCUUAAAGUAGACCUUUUCUUCUUACAAAGAAAAUUAAUGGCAAUUUAUCUCCUGUGGAAAUCCCAAUUGCCUGAAUUACUGAUAUUUUAGAAUAGACUCUUUAUAAAAUGCCAAAUGUAAUUUUAUGCAAGUUAACUAUAUAUCUUGAUCUUAAUAACGUAUAGGCUCUUUUUUUGUUGUCCACUAGUUUAAAAUAAUUUGUUUAAUAAUAAAUGUGUUUUUAGAAGACAUAAUGUUUCUUGGAAUUAAUUUUCCAAUUACACAGUCUUCUAUAGCUUACUCAUAAUAUGCUAUAUGUUCCUUAUAUAAUUUCCCUAAAAAGAAUAAACUUACCACUAUGGUUUUAACCAAAAUAUGGGGAAUAUAAACACUAACUGCUGCUUAUGGAUAAUGUUGCAACUACUUGUUAUGCCUAUAAAUAUUUUACUUUUUCAUAUGUAUAGAUUGCAUUUCUUAGGUGUUUUAAUUUUUUAAAUAUAU